AUGUCCGAGCCAUUCUAUGUUAGUGCUCCAGGAAAAGUCAUUAUUUUUGGUGAGCAUUCUGCUGUAUACAACAAGCCUGCAAUUGCUGCUGCUUUAUCUUUGAGAGCGUAUUUACUUGUAACACCUUCUCCUACGUCCAGUGACACCAUCACUUUGGACUUCCCAGAUAUUGGGCUUUCACAUUCUUGGAACAAAAACGACUUACCGUGGGACGAGGUUAAAAAACAUGUCACACAUACGGAUGGGCUUCCUGAUACCACCGAUGAGUUGGUCCCCGAAAUUAUCGAUGGGUUGACCGACGCCUUGCUGGACUUGGAAUCAAAAUUGCACUACACCGCCUGUCAUUGUUUCCUUUACUUAUACAUGAAUUUGUGUGAUAUUCACACCGAAGGAAUGUCAUUCUGCGUGAGAUCUACUUUACCAAUUGGUGCUGGGCUUGGAUCUUCUGCUUCCACUGCCGUUUGUCUAGCAUCAUCGCUCGCUAUUUUAGGAGGACAUAUCGACCCUGCCGCUUUGACAUAUUCAGAAAAGCAUAAGACCACCCAUAAUCCUAGAUCUGCUGAUUUCAUAGACAGCUGGUCCUUAAUAGGUGAAAAGUGUUUCCAUGGUAAUCCAUCUGGUAUCGAUAACGCAGUUGCUACACAUGGUGGUGCUGUCUUAUACCAAAGAAAGGACAACCCAACUAUGCCAUCUGUGCGUACGUCCAUGCCCAAUUUACCCCCAAUUAAGUUGUUAUUGACAAAUACCAAGAUCCCUAGACUGACUGCAGACUUGGUGGGGGGCGUUGGCCGUUUAAAUAAGCAAUACCCAAAGACAUCCGGCUGUAUUUUGGACGCAAUGGGUCAUUUGACCAAUGAAGCUUAUCACCUUAUGAUUAGACCCUUUUUCGGAUCUGAUGAGUUAAAUAAUUUGAAAGAACUUGUAAAUAUUAAUCAUGGGCUUUUGGUUAGUCUUGGGGUUUCACAUCCAGCAUUGGAAAAGAUUAAAAUAAUUUCUGAAGAGUUCAAGGUAGGUGCAACUAAAUUGACGGGUGCUGGUGGUGGUGGGUGUGCCAUAACCUUAGUAAACGAUGAAUGUAGUAAGGAGACCAUUGAGAAGGCAGUGCAAUGCUUUCAGGAUGAAGGAUUUGAAACUUUCGAGACUUCUCUUGGAGGUAAAGGAGUGGGAGCUUUAUAUGCUGAAAAUGUAUCCGAAGAAGUUAGAGAAAAGGUGUUUGAUUUAAAGAGAUUUUCAGGAUUUGGUACUCGGGAAGAGAUAAUUGAAGUACUUGGAGUCGAAAAUCAGGAAGGAUGGAAGUUUUGGUGA